GUCGCCCAAGGCGCGCUCAGCGAUUUGGCGCUAGAGUGUCUCCGGUUUACUGUAAAUUACGCUCUAAACUAGCUGCUGUAACGUAGACACUUUACUCUUUCAGUUUUUAACUGGGUUUUUAAAAUAUAAUCCCAUGACAUUAAUGGACAAUCAUGUCUGAGGAGGAAAAUAAGGUUGUCGAAGAACUUUUCAAAGAUGUCAAAUUCUACGUGGUAGGGGACAUUGACCAAAAGGUGGUGCAGCUGCUGAAGGCGGGAAAAGGAAAGGAGGUGUCCUACAAUGCUUUAGCCACUCACAUCAUUGCAGAGGACGGGGACAACCCCGAGGUGGGCGAGUCGAGAGAGGUCUUUGACCUGCCUGUUGUCAAGCCAUCCUGGGUGAUCCUCUCAGUCAGAUGUGGAGACCUGUUACCAGUUACUGGAUUCUCCCCAGAAUCAGGACAGAUAUUCUUUGGUGUGACAGCUUGUCUACCUAGGCUUCCAGAUGAUCUCAACACGUUGUGGGCCUACAUAACCUUUUAUGGAGGAGAAUGUCAACUUAACCUCAACAAGAAGGUCACCCACUUAGUAGUGAAGGAAUCAAAGGGGGCCAAGUUUGAGUGUGCCCUGAAACACCCGGGCAUCAAGGUUGUUACCCCGGACUGGAUAACAGAUUCUGUUAAAGACAAAAGCAGAAAAGAUGAGCUGCUCUAUCACCCCAGACUCACCUACGUGGAGCCAGAGGAGGACGACGAGAGUGAAGCCGAGUCGUACGACCAGCGCUCCCAUUCCGACGGAAGCUACAGCCCCCGGCGAUCACGGCGGUCCAGCGGCGGCUCGUCUGGCGAGGAGUCCAGCCCGCGCCGCCGACCGGGACCCAAAAAGCUGAACUCUGUCUCCCCAAACUCUCCCCGCAAGCCCGAGCGCCGCAGCGAGCGCAUGUUCGACGACUCAGACGACGACUCCUCCACGGAGAAGGAGGGCACCAACCUCAACUGGACGCCGGCCGAAGUGGUCACGCCGACCGCCCCUGUCCCGACCGGCACGGCCAGGCGCCGAGCCGGGCCCCCCGGCAACAAAGACCCGGCGUCGUCCACCGGCAGCGGGCUGAUUAACCUGUGUGCCACCGUGCCUCCCGUGCCGGGGAGCGUGGGCGCCAUGCCUGCAGAAGCUCGCUCUGCUGCUGCUGCCAUCAGUCACGCCGCACAGCAAGGUGUAUCGGUUCCAGAGAGCAUCCCUGGGUGGAGCCCGGCUGCUAGAACCCUCCGCAACAUCACCAACAACUCUGACAUGCAACCAGCCAGUCGACCCGCCAACGUAGCACAUAUCCUCCAGAACCUGACCGCCAAUCAGACAAAGCCGUUGGAGCAGCAGACCAAUCAGAGCCACGCUCCGACCCCCAACAGCACCAACCCUCUUCUGUUCAACCAGUCCAAGCUGACGGGCCAGCCGCUCACGGCGGAGCAGCAGCAACAGUUGCUGCUGCAACAGCAACAGCAGUCUCACCAGGCCGCCCAGCAACAACACCAACAGCUACCGCAGCAGCCGCAGCAUCCCAUAAUGCACCUCCAGCAGCAGCAGCAGCAGCAUCAGAUGUUGCAGCUACAUCACCAACAACAGCAGCAGCAGCAGCAGCAGCAACAACAGUCCCAGGUCCCACAGCAACCGGGGUUUGCACAGUUACCCCAACAACAGCAACAGUUUCUACAACAACAGCAGCAGCAAAUGCACCAACAGCAGAUGUUUUCGCAGCAGCAGCAACAGCAGCAGCAGCAUCAUGCGUUCCCCCCGCAGCAGCAGCUCCGGCCCCAGCAGCUACUGCGGCCCGGUCUACAGCCCGGUCUACAGCAGCUGCAGCAGCAGCAGGCCCUGCAGCAGCAGCUCCAGCAGUUCCAGCAGCAGCAGCGCAUGCAGAUGUUACAGCAGCAGCAGCAGCAACAACAACAGCAGCAGCAGAACCAACAGCAGUUACACCAACAGCAUCUCCAGCAGCAGCAGCAGCAGCAGCAUUUCCUGCAGCAGCAACACAUGCAGCAGCUGCAGCAGCAGCAGCAGCUGCAGAAUCAGCAGCAGCUGCAGAAUCAGCAGCAGCAGCAGCAGCAGUCUCUGCAGCACCAGAUCCAGCAGGCCCUGCAGCAGCAGCAGCAGACGCUGCAGCCUCCGCUCCAGCAGACUCCGCACAUCUCCCAGCUGUUUGGACACGAGCCGGCACAAGAAAUUCCACCGGAUGGCUUCCUGCUGGGCUGUGUGUUUGCUGUCGCUGACUACCCGGAACAGAUGGCUGACAAACAACUCCUGGCCACGUGGAAGAGGGUCAUCCAGGCGUGUGGUGGUGCUGUCGACCCCACCCUGACCAGCCGCUGCACACACCUGCUGUGUGAGAGUCAAGUCAGCAACAUGUAUGUACAGGCACUCCGAGAGGGGAAGCGCUGUAUAACAGCCCACUGGCUCAACACUGUACUGAAGAGGAAGAGGAUGGUUCCUCCUCAUCGGACGUUGCAUCUGCCCUUCGCCUUCCCUCCCGGAGCCAAACCCUGCUCCCAGCACAUUAUAUCGGUGACGGGGUUUGUGGAUGCUGACAGGGAUGACCUGAAGUUGAUGGCCUACCUGGCUGGUUCCAGAUACACCGGGUAUCUGUGUCGGAGCAACACCGUCCUCAUCUGUAAAGAACCCAGCGGGCUUAAAUACGAGAAGGCCAAGGAGUGGAAGAUCCCCUGCGUGAACGCCCAGUGGCUGUGUGAUAUACUGCUGGGCAACUUUGAAGCCCUGAGACAGAUUCAGCACAGCCGAUACUCCAUCUACACACACCCUGAACCACUGGUGCCUAACCCACAGCUGGUCCAGAACCUGCUGGCUGCUUGGAGAACGCCGAUCAAAGUAUCUUCCGAAGCUUUGGCGAGUCUCCAGCUGCUCCAGAAGCAGAAGAUAACCGACUCCACCAACCAGCCGGCAAACAAGAAGGCCAGACUGGAGGAGAUCCAGUCACCCAAUAAGAAGCUUCCUCCAGAGUCCACUCCCCGGGUCAUGUUCACAGGCUUUGAGCCCGCACAAGUACAGCAGUACACAAAGAGGUUACAUGCUUUAGGUGGUGAAGUAGCCGACGGCAGUCCGAAAGUCACUCACCUGCUGGCUAGUAAAGUGACUCGCACCGUCAAGUUCCUCACCGCCAUGUCCGUGGUCAAACACAUCGUCAGCCCAGAGUGGCUGGACGAGAGCUGGAGGAGCCAGAAGUUUGUGGAUGAGCAGAGCUACACCCUGAGGGACGCGGAGGCGGAGGUGUUGUUUGGCUUCAGUUUGGAGGAGUCACUAAAGCGAGCCCACAGCGCACCGCUCUUCAAGGGAAAGUACUUCUACGUCACCCCGGGGAUCUGCCCCAGCCUCAGCACCAUGAAGCCCAUCCUGGAGAGUGCCGGAGGGAAGCUGCUGGCCAAGCAGCCCUCGUACAGAAAGAUCAUGGAGCAUAAACAGAACAAGAACCUUCCAGAGAUCAUCUUAAUUUCCUGUGACAAUGACCUCCACCUCUGUAGAGAAUACUUCAUGAAAAACAUUGAUGUCCACAACGCGGAGUUCAUCCUGACAGGAGUUCUCACCCAGAAACUCGACUAUGAUUCAUAUCCUUUACAGCAAUGACCGUUCCGGACCAAAUGCUUCUUACAGGACAGUAACUGCAGCUACAGCAGUAUAGCAGCACCUAUGGAUUCCAGUUAGUGGUCAGCAGCCAUCAUGUACCUACUAACCCAACAGUAGUACGGAGUCAUAUGUGUGUAUUUUUACUAGGCCUGUCAAACUAAAUAGUUAAUAACCAGUUAACGCAUAUUCCUUUUAACACCACUACUUUUUUUAACCUGUAGUUUAGUAAAUCAGAAAGUGAUGCAGCAGUGACGUUGUACAACCGUGCUUUGUGGAUGGCUAGCAGAAACCGUAAAGUGCUCCGCUCCGCGAUAACAUCCACUUGAGCAUUAAAAUCUUGAAAAAAAUACAUUUUCAUAAGUACGUUUAGAACAGAUAAAUGUGCGAUUAAUUGCCAGUUAACUAUGGAAAUCAUGCGAUUAAUCGUGAUUCAAUUUGUUAAUCGAUUUGACAGCCCGAAUUUAUUUAUUUCAACACUGCAUGUGUCCAAGUAAAUUCUAGUAUUUUAAAUUUGCGAUCAAUCACACCCCAUGACUGUGAUUAACUUGUGUUGUGAUUUACU